AUGUACCCAGCCUUGAUCAAGCAUCAAAUUGUGAAGCCUUCGGCGUUUCACAUCACUAGGCUCGCGAGAGCCUCGGUCUCUGGCAAAACCCAGUCUAGUACGAAAGGCAACGAAGAAUUCUACGUUGCCACCACCUUCCCAGAUGACUUUGAUUCAUCAUCCCUGAAGUCCAACAUCGUCGAGGGACAGAGUCAGACGACGAAAAGUCAAAACACGCCCGAGCAUUUUAGCGCUGCCGAUGUCGAGCGACAUAAAACGGACAUCUACGAGAGUCUCUAUCCAAAGGAAAAAAGCGGGGCCGUGAAGGGAAAGAAUGAUCAGAAUUUGCCAGAGCAGGAGCCCCAUUUGGAUGACAUGUGA